AGUGCCACAAUGUUCAACAAUCCUGAAGUUCGAUCUUUGGAUAUACCAGCAGCAACUGGUAUAGGCACUGCUCGAUCACUUGCAAAACUUCAUGCAUUGGUUCUCGAAGGAAAACUGUUGAAAGAGACAACAGUAAAACAGCUCUUUCUCGAUCCUACAGUUUGUAAUCAAAUGGACUUGGUCUUAUCGAUUAAUAUGUCAUUCGGGAAAGGAUUCACCUAUACGAAGAACUUUCAGGAUCAAUGGCUGGUCGGUCAUCCAGGAUUAGGCGGUCAGAAUGUUAAAAUGGAUUUAACAAAUGAGGUAGCAUUUGCAUACCUCUGCAGUGGCUUAAAAAUUGGCCACUCUGAUUUAACGGUGACAUUUAUGCGACUGCAAAAUGCACUUUACGAAUGUCUCCGUGAAAAUAAUUUGUUGAAAGAAAUUCGAGAAGAAAAAACUGAAGGAAACUCUGAAAUUACAAGAAGAAACAGCUCACUGGACACUUCUUCCAAAAAUCACCAAAAAGCCAACGUUUUAAUGCCGCUUGAAAGUAACACAGUUUUGACUUCUGAUACGUGA